AAAUUAAUGCAGGCAACUGUAUCGAUUAUAGAGAUUUUGAAACGACCAAAGAAGUGUACUAGAUAUUUAACGGUUCUGUCUUGAGCAAUGGGAAAUAUAUUUGAAAUGCAGCGUUACGACACAGUCAAUUAAGUUAUUUGUUAAUUUCACGACAUUCCAACGAGCCCCUUCGAUAGAAUGGAGGUAAGGUUUACUGAAGCUUUCAGAUAAUGUAUAGGCAUUGGAUUCUUUGAUGUUUGGGAUCGUAUUUCUGUGAUUACAACCUUCACAAUAAGGUUGGAUUAAGAGCUAAGGCAGUGAUAGGAUACUUUCACAAGAGUCUGUUCAUAGAGCGAGCUGGAGCCCAAAUGACAGAGAAUGACAUUCAAGAAAAAGCCGUUGCUUACUUAGCGUUAUUGAAGAAUGACGAGGACGCUUUAGUGAAGGAAGUGAAAACACUGGUGAAAUCGAACAAAGACCUCGUAAGGAGUGUGUUCAGUGCAGAGAUAGACGGGUGGACUUUGUUCCAUGCCUGCGCUUUACGUGGAUGUAGAAAGUUGUUGAAGUAUGCCAUCAGAUCGGGCGUGGACGUUAAUCUCAGGAUGGGCGAGCCCGAGGGAGUGCCCGGGGGGUGUAGCGCUUUACACAUGGCGGCCCACAGAGGGGACGUCAGUGUAAUCGAGAUUUUGACCAGCUCCAGGGCGGAUUUAGACCUCCGGGACAAAGAGGAGAGGACCCCCGUGUUUUAUGCCCAUCGUGCCAAUAACUCCUUAGCAGUGAAGACCCUCAGAAAACUAGGGGCCGACAUGUCGAGCUGUGAUCACGGUACUUUUAAAGAAAGCCAAGAAAGGUCGCUUCUUAAUUUCCGGUUGUUGCCAUUUCCGGGUUGUUCCGGAUCUAGGAGGUGAUAAAUAUGAACGUUUAGGAAUUCCGUCCAUUAAUCAAAAUUCUCACACGUGUUCAAAAUACGAGACUUCCAGACAAAGAACGUGCAUUCUGGUGAUACAUGCAUACACUAGUAUUUUUUGCUCUUUAGCCAAAGUGCCUUUUGUAACCGGUAACCGGUAUUUUUUAUCUCUGAAAGAUCUUUUUAUGUGUGUUUUAUACCCUCAUUUCAAAGCAAAGCAUAUUUUAAGACAAUCCAAUACGAUUGAAACACUUGUUAACAUCCAUAUGAGAUUGCAAAUGAACAAACCCGCUUUAAAGAAUGAUGACUUGUUUGAAAAAUAUCAUUAUAUUUAUUACAUGUAGAUAAUUUGUAUUUAUAUGGCGAUAUUUUCGCAACAAAUAAACCAAAGAAAUCCCAUGAAA